AUGUCGCCAUCCCUUUCCAGCAAGUCCGCCCCCGUGGUGAUCGUAGGUGCCGGUGUCUUCGGACUGAGCACCGCGUUGCACCUGGCCGAACGUGGAUAUACCAAUGUGAAAGUCAUCGAUAAGCAGCCAUAUCACGAAUCGGAAUAUUCAUAUGACAGAGGCUGCGAUGCUGCUUCUGCUGAUGUGAACAAGAUCAUUCGAGCCGCUUACGGCUCGCAGCUCGAGUAUCAAACGCUGGCACUCGAUGCUAUCGCAAAGUGGAAGUCCUGGAACGAGGAGAUCAAGACCGGGAAGACACUUCCGCCGGGAUUCUCCCGGAACGACACACUGUUUGUCAACAAUGGAACUGUCACCAUGACCUCGGGCCUGACCCUCGACCGAUUCGAGGAAGACACAAUCCAGAACAUGGACAAAGUCGGAUUGAGAGAAACGCAGAUCAACCUCCACAACCCAGAGCAUGUCGAAAGGGCCGUGGCGAAGGGUUUCGGCUUCGCCGUGGACGCUUUCGACAUCAAGAACGACUCCAGCAUCCUCGAUACCCAGUCCGGCUUCGUGUAUGCCGAUAAAGCAUGCCGUUUCGCCCUUCACAAAGCAGAAACGUUGGGCGUGAAGACUGUCUUGGGCGGCCCCGGGGGCACGUUCUCCGCUUUCCUGGAGAACUCAGAGUCACGAGUCACGGGCGUGAAGACGGCCGACGGCAGAACUCACCCCGCAGAACUGACGAUCAUGGCCUGCGGCGGCUGGACGCCCUCGCUUCUCACGCAGCUGGACAAUCUUUGCGAGACCACAGCGGGCAGCGUCGCGAUGUUUCAGCUGCGACCCAAGAUGCCUUUAUGGGACAAGUUUGCGCCCGAGAACUUCCCCACGUGGUCGUACAACAUCCGUCGCGGCGCGGAAGGUGGGCUGUACGGGUUCGCGCGAGACUCCGCUGGCGUUGUCAAGAUUGGGUACCGCGGCACGAAAUUCACCAACCCGCAGACGCAGGCAGACGGCGCGGCGAGAAGCGUCCCGAUUACCCGCUGGACGCAAGAGACGAUCCGGAAGAUCCCCGCGAAGGCCUCGCGCGUGAUCAGGAGCUUCGUUCAGAGUCACUUCCCCGAGCUUCUCGAAUGCGACAUGACCACGAGGCUCUGCUGGUACACGGAUUCGUUCGACAAUCACUUCGUCAUUGAUUUUGUCCCUGGAGUAGACGGGUUGAUGGUUGCCACGGGCGGCAGCGGUCAUGGCUUCAAGUUCCUGCCCAACCUCGGCGAGCAUCUCCGACGCCGCAAAGCUCCUGGCGACGAAAGGGCCCCCAAGAAGCGCACUUUCACGAUGCCCCUCUUUAACAACACGAACAAGGACUCUGAAGGCGCCUUGAGGAAGAUGGUCGACUUCACAACUCUACUGUCACCCACGAACAGAGGCUCCCACUUCCGACUCGCGCCUCUAGCACCCCCAACACCCCGGAUCGAUAUUACCAAUGUCGAUGGUGCCACCGAACCCUCCUCCUCUUCUAUCGACCCCAAAGAGAUCCAAACUAUUUGCUCGAACCCACAAGCAUUCGACGGUAGCCUUGCCAUCCAAAACCGCCUGAAGAAGGUGUUCGAUGACAUCCGAUCCCGCCGCUCCUCGAUAUCUCGCACCCCUUUCGUGACCCGCGAGCAAUUCAUCGCGUUCCUCGAGAGCGUCCAAGGCGAGACCGACGUCGAAGAUGUUCUACCUGAAGAGAAGGAAAGAUAUACCUGGCCUGAAUUCUUCGAAUUUUGGUGGAAGAAAUACGGCCUGGAGGCUACUCGACCUCUGAAUACCAAAGACAAGGAUCUCAGCAAGCCCUUGUCGAACUACUUUAUCAGCAGUAGCCACAACACAUAUCUCGUAGGAAACCAACUGGCUUCUACGAGUGACCCAGAAGCCUACAAAACAGUUCUUCGGAGAGGGUGCCGAUGCAUCGAAAUCGAUGUUUGGAACGGAGACACCCCUAUCACAACACAGGAGCGAUCCCGGUCGCCUAAGCCCGAGCACUCGAGGAAUCUCUCUGGAUCGUCAUUUCCCAAUGUCGCAGCUAGUAUCAAGGGCCAAGUCGAAGAAUUCAUGGGCAGCGAACGAAGCGGACAUGAGCAUGGCCAUAGCAGGAACCCCAGUGCUGCUAGCAGAUCGCUUGGACCAGCCGACAGCACCACUGUCCUUGGACCGAGUGCUUCUGUUGAGUCCCUCGCCGACACCCUUCGUCCUACAUCGCCCACUCCGAGCAAGCUUCGCCUGCCUUAUCCAAAGGAUGAACCUAUCGUCACCCACGGCUGGACUUUGACGACGCCUUGCGGGUUCCGUGAGGUCUGCGUGGCCGUUCGCGAGUCAGCCUUUGAGACCAACGAGCUGCCACUCAUCAUAAGCCUCGAGGUCCACGCGGAUCUUGAGCAACAAGAGGUUAUGGUCAGAAUCAUGAAGGAGGAAUGGGGCGACAUGCUCGUCGAUAAGUCACUUGAAGGCAUUGACCCCCGUUUCCGUCUUCCUCUACUCGAGGAGAUGAAGAAGAAAAUCAUGAUCAAGGUGAAGAAGGCACCUCACAAGAUUGAGGUACCUCCGAGCACGACAGCUCUGUCAGCUGUCCACGCCAACGACGAGGACGCCUCAAGUUCCGAGGACGAACGCGCUGCACCAGCGGCAGCCCCAGUCCAACACAACCCUAAAUCGGACAUCUGCCAGGCCCUCAGCAACCUGGCGAUCUACACGCAUAGUGAGCACUUUAAGAGUUUCGAGACUCCUGCCGCUAAGAAGCCAGGCCACAUCUUCUCGAUAAGUGAGAGCAACAUCCUGGAUCUCCACAAGACCAAGGCGCGCGAGAUGUUUGCUCACAACAAGAACUACUUCAUGCGAGCCUUCCCCAACGGCACACGUGUCGAUAGCUCGAAUCCAGAUCCGAGUCCGUUCUGGCGGAAGGGCGUGCAGAUGGUGGCUCUCAACUGGCAGUACCUUGACGAAGGUAUGAUGCUCAACGAGGGCAUGUUUGCGGACGAGCUGGGCUAUGUCCUGAAGCCUAUCGGAUACCGCAGCACGGACAGGAAUGUCGAGACGGAGGUCGACGCCGCGCCGCAAGGUGACAUGAACCUCACCAUCACUAUCAUCGCCGGUCAGCACAUCUGGGUUCCAAGCUCGUCAGACAGCGACAGCAGCCGCAGCGGCAAGAACCUUCGUCCCUUUGUCAAGUGCGAGCUCCACGUCGAGAUUGGAGCCGUCAACGGCAAGGCGGCCGACGAGGACGACUUCAAGCUCAAGACCAGUUCGAAAAAGACGGACCACCCCGAAUGGGAGAACGGAGCGCGGCUCAGAUUCCCCAAGGUCUCGAGGGUGGUGGAGGAACUGAGCUUCGUCAGGUUAAAAGUAGAAAAUGACCCCCUCCUCGGCGGUGAUGAGCUGCUGUCGUGGGCGUGUAUCCGUUUGGACCGCCUCCAGACCGGCUACCGCUUCGUUAAGCUCAUGGACGUCAAAAAUAACCCGAUUGACGGCGGCAAGCUUCUCAUCAGAGUCGACAAGAUGGUGCAGUCGUGA